AGCCCAAAUUGAAGUCAUACCAUGCAAAAUCUGUGGAGAUAAGUCAUCAGGCAUCCACUAUGGAGUCAUCACAUGUGAAGGCUGUAAGGGUUUCUUUCGGCGGAGUCAACAAAACAACGCCUCCUACUCCUGUCCCCGCCAGCGCAACUGCCUGAUCGACCGAACGAACCGCAACCGCUGCCAGCACUGCCGCCUACAAAAGUGCCUGGCCCUGGGCAUGUCCCGGGAUGCUGUGAAGUUUGGCCGUAUGUCGAAGAAGCAGAGGGACUCUCUGUACGCAGAGGUCCAGAAGCACCAGCAGAGGCUACAGGAACAACGGCAGCAGCAGACGGGUGAAGCAGAAGCCCUCGCUCGGGUUUACUCCUCCAGCCUCACCAAUGGCCUCAGCACCCUCAACCACGAGAUUGGAGGAACGUACGCCAACGGUCACGUCAUAGACAUGCCCAAGGGCCAGGCGAACGGUGCUCCGGGAGGAUACUACGGCAUGGACUCCACACAGGCCAGCCCGGAUCAGUCUGGACUUGACAUAACUGGCAUGAAACAGAUCAAACAGGAACCCAUAUAUGAUCUCACCCCUGUUCCCAACCUUUUCACCUACGGCUCCUAUCAAGACAGCCAGCUCGCACCUGGAGUGUCUAUGGGGGAAUUAGACCGAAUUGCACAGAACAUCAUAAAGUCCCACCUAGAGACGUGUCAGUACACAGCGGAGGAGCUUCAGCAGCUCGCCUGGCAGACGCACUCUUACGAGGAGGUCAAGAUGUACCAAAGCAAGACACGAGACGUGCUGUGGCAGCAGUGUGCUAUACAGAUCACUCAUGCUAUUCAGUAUGUGGUAGAGUUUGCCAAGCGCAUCACCGGCUUCAUGGAGCUUUGCCAGAAUGACCAGAUAUUGCUACUGAAAUCAGGUUGUCUGGAGGUUGUGCUGGUCCGAAUGUGUCGUGCAUUCAAUCCUCUCAACAACACAGUGCUGUUCGAAGGGAAAUACGGAGGCAUGCAGAUAUUUAAAACUCUAGGCUGCGAUGACCUGGUCAGUGCGGUGUUUGACUUUGCCAAGAGUCUGUGUUCACUGCAGUUAACAGAAGAGGAGAUCGCCCUGUUUUCUGCUGCAGUUCUUAUUUCUACAGACCGGCCGUGGUUAAUGGAGCCUAGAAAAGUGCAGAAGCUACAAGAAAAAAUCUACUUUGCCCUGCAGCACAUCAUGCAAAAGAACCAUCUGGACGAGGAUGCGCUGGCCAAGCUGAUCAGCCGGAUCCCGACCCUGUCUGCUCUCUGCACUCUGCACACGGAGGAGCUUCAGGCCUUCCAGCAGCUUCACCCAGAGACUGUCAACAUGCUGUUUCCCCCCCUCUACAAAGAGCUCUUCAACCCAGACGCUGCCGCCGUCAUGCCCAAAUGA